CUAAAAGUCCUAAUUUAACAAUUUAAUGCUCUGAAACAUUAUUCUUUAUUUACCGGGCCGAGUGUCGCCGAUUCUUUUUUCAUUGCAAGACCAAACCCAACCCCACGAGGAGAUCAUUACCCGUAAUCUCACUCACUCACUGCUCUUACACUUAAUGGAUCCCCCCAAAGGAACAAUCGUCUUCUCCACCGUUGGCAGAUCACAGUACGGAUUUGAUGUUUUCUCCGUCUCUAUUCUCGACCACCACCGCCCCCCGGUCCAGCAACAAGAACACCGCCUCACCGAUGGAGUCUCUGUUAAUUUUAAUGGUCAGUUCCUUGACGAAGACCAAACCCUCGUCUACGUCUCUGAGAGAACCGGAUCUUCUCGAGUCUAUUUAACCACUAAGUCUAAGUCUAAGUCUAUGUCGGACCAGCAGCUACCCUCCCCACCUCAAAGCCUAUUCCUCGACCGUCCUAUUGUAUCUGUAUCAAACAAACGCCUCUAUUUCGUCUCAGCUCACGAACCUCCCGCUGACGACAAACUCUUCAAAAGCUGGUCUGCUCUCUAUUCAACCGGUCUCCAUGACGAAAUUGACAAUAAGGAAAUCCUCCGCCUCACCCCUUAUGGCUCAGUUGACUAUAGUCCCGCCAUCUCUCCCUCCGGCAAGUUCAUCGCCGUCGCAUCCUACGGCUCUCGCCCCUGGGCUUGCCACGACUUUCAUGACCUCCACACCGAUAUUGUCGUCUUCAGAGAAUCUGACCCCACUAAGCGCACGGUUGUAUGCGAACACGGUGGCUGGCCCACUUGGUCCGGCGACUCCACCAUUUACUUCCACCGCCAAGCGGAUGACGGAUGGUGGAGCAUUUUCAGACUCGAUUUGCCCCUUGAUGAUUGUGACCUCUCCUCCGCCAUGCCAUUGCCAACCGCCCCUACCCGAGUCACCCCGCCGGGACUUCACUCCUUCACUCCGGCAGCUAUGCAUGACGGUAACCGAAUCGCCUUAGCCACUCGACGGCGUGGUAAGAAUUUCCGUCACAUUGAGAUUUUCGACUUGCACUCACAGAAAUUUCACCCGGUAACAGAGUUACUAAACCCUAACCUCCACCAUUACAAUCCGUUUGUCUCGCCGGAUUCUGGGUUUCUUGGUUAUCACCGAUUCCGAGGUGGUGGGGGCGGUGGUGGGGACUCAAUAAUUCCAUGCCUCAGUUACAUAAUGUCUCCCGUAAAAAGACUCCGAAUGUUGAGGCUCAAUGGGAACUUCCCUUCCUUCUCUCCCGACGGUGAUUUGAUUGCAUUCAAUCCCGACUUUGAUUCGAAUUCCGGCUUAAAAAUCGUUAAAUCAGACGGUUCAAAAAGAUGGACAUUGUUCCAAGGCCGAACAGCGUUCUGCAACUCCUGGAGCACAACGGAGAAGAAUGUGAUUUUCACAUCACUGGGACCGAUCUUCGAAUCAGUGAAAGCGACGGUCCAGAUAGCACGGAUCUCAUUCGAUCUAGCAAGCCUUGACGAUAACCAUCACGAAGCUGUCCCUGUCCCAGUCGAUAUAAAGAUUCUCACUAGAGAAGAUACAGGUAAUAACGCGUUCCCGUCGUGCUCGCCGGACGGAAAGUUUGUGGUGUUCAGGUCAGGCCGUUCCGGGCAUAAGAACCUGUACAUAGUUGACGCCGUUAAUGGGGAAUUUGAGGAGGGCGGCAUACGUCAAUUGACGGAGGGGCCAGGGAUUGAUACGAUGCCCAGCUGGUCACCGGACGGCAAACUGAUAGCGUUUUCGUCGAAUAAACACAACCCAUACAGAGUAGACACGUUCAGCAUAUACGUCAUCCAUCCAGACGGCACGGGUCUCCGGAGAAUCCACGUGGCGAGCGAGGUGGACAAGGAGAGGAUCAACCACGUGUGCUUCAGUGCGGAUGGGGACUGGCUUCUGUUCACGGCUAACUUAGGGGGAGUGACGGCGGAGCCGGUGUCGCUGCCCAACCAGUUCCAGCCCUACGGCGACCUGUACGCGGUGAGGUUGGACGGGAGUGGGUUGCGGAGGCUGACGUGUAAUGGAUACGAGAAUGGCACGCCAGCAUGGCACCCCAGGGCUGAACCGGAUAUCGAUACCGACAUCGAUAUGGGGCGUCUCACUCUGGGCUUGGGUUGUCAGGUUGGGGAUGAGUUGAAGGGUCAAUUCGAAGAACCCCUCUGGAUCCAUUGUGAUUUCUAAUUUCUCAAAUUCCCCACCUACUGCUUUUUGGGUUAAAUUAUUGGGGAUAAAUUAUAUUGGAAAAAUAAAUCAACCCACUUCUUUUCUUCUUCUUUUUGAAAUAAAUAUAUUUCAUAUUUUGUUAAUCCUUAUUGAUAAGAAUUAAUUUGAGUUAUGUUUUCAUGUUUAC